AGAAUGAGCAGUGCUCAUUGCGACUCUGAGAAAACUAGGCUACAAAAAUUUCGGUCGAAGCGUAUAGAGCUGAGGCUCACUUUGAACUGCUACGAUCGAAACAAUCAGACGAAAAAUUAUGCAGCAGUUCAAUCUGUUCAACCUGUAUGAUAAUUAGAAUUCCUCCAAAGAUCAUUGAUUCGAAAUCAGAGAAACAUCCUGUAACUUUGUCAUGAAAUUAUCGCUGCUGUUUAUAUGUGUAAUAAUUUCCAAAAGUGUUUCGGUAAUAAUGGAGCCGAAAGCGGAGUCCAAGCUGGUCGUCGACGAGCCUGGAACGUUCGGUGAAGCUUUGGGAAGUUGUCUGGCUGACAAAAUCGGGACUAUGGAAUGCGUCAAUCGCGGCGUGCUUAGCACCCUUCAGUCCAUUAAUGAACAGGAUGAGAUAAAAGUCGACAACUUCUACUUGGAACGAGUCACUGGUCAGAAUCGGGACUUGCUGGACUUGGAUUACGACCCCAAGGACUUUGGGAAUAUACUGAAGGCGGGUGCAAGGCUGAUGGAACAACGGGGGUUAAAAUGGGAUCUUGAAACCUUGUAUCCGGGCCUAAUCAUGCAGGUCGGACCAAUGAUAAACGGUCAGGGUGUUCUUGAAUUUGUUCUGGAUGAACGGAGUGAGUCAUACUCCGAGAGAAGACUUGGCACAGGUCAAGCGAUAGUGAGGAAUCUCAUAUUGCCGUUUCUUCUGGGAUUCAAGUUCAACCUGGUGUCCUUGAUACCACUUUUGUUUGGGGUCCUUCUACUCGUCUCCAAGAAAGUUUUUAUACUUGCAAAAAUUGCAAUUUUCUUGAGUGGUAUUUUCGGAUGGAAUUCCCUGUAUGGCAGCGGACAACAAGGGCCCCAACACGGCGGGGGAUACGGUUUUGGAUCGGAUUAUUACAACCACGUACCAAAUUACAAUUACAAGGAGUAUACCACGAUCCCCGAAUACAAUCCGUUUCAGCACGUAAUCAGAGAGACACUGAAUGUUUAUAAGAGGGACAGAGCAUCCCAAAAUUUGGAUGAGAGUAGAAACUUUGCAUGGGGCAGAGACCAAUAGUAGCUAAUAAAAGUAAUUCUAUAAAGCAUCUCAUUUUAUUAUUUUGUAAAAAACUAUUUAACUGAUCAAUUAAUAAAAAUUUUCG